AUGGCUUCGACGUCCGCUGAUUCCACGUAUAUCGCCAUCCCCGGCUCCGUUGCCUUCUCGCACUCUCGCGGUCAUGCCCUGGCUGCCAGUAUCGGCGCCCAGGAUGUCCGGGCCCAAUGGAUCCACUAUGUCCAUGCCACACAGCCCUUGGACGAGCCCCAACAAGCUGUCUUGAAGCAGUUGCUGCACUACGGUGAUAUCACUGAUAUCCCGGAGACUUUCAGCGACAAGGACGGCCAGUUCGACGUUUUCCAUGUCUUCCCUCGCACCGGAACGAUCUCCCCAUGGAGUUCCCAAGCUACUGGUAUCUCCCAUGUCUGUGGGCUGCGCAAGUACGUCAAGCGGAUUGAACGUGGUCUGAAGAUCUCGUGCCUUCGUGCGCAAUCGGGUGAAUACAAGCCUGGGUUCAAGGAUGUGCUUCACGACCGCAUGACGCAAAUCAUGAGCGAGGAGGAACCCGACCUGCACCUCAUGUUCUCCGAGCAUAGCCCUCUCCCUCUGGAGACGAUCCCCCUUCACGGUAGCGACAAGACUCCCAAGGAAGUUUUGCAAGAGGCCAACAAGCGACUUGGUCUGGCUUUGGAAGAGUCGGAGAUUGAUUACCUGGCUGACGCCUAUGGCCCCAACGGUCCCAUUGCUCGGGACCCCACCGAUGUCGAACUUUUCAUGUUUGCGCAGGUCAACUCGGAGCAUUGCCGUCACAAGCAGUUCAAUGCGUCAUGGGUCAUCGAUGGAGAGCAGAUGCCGAACAGCCUUUUCUCUAUGAUCCGGAAUACGCACAGAAAGAACCCCGAAUAUACCGUUAGUGCUUACAGUGAUAACGCUGCUGUCCUUGAAGGAGAUGUUGCUACUUUCUGGGCCCCUGACCCCAUGACCGGAGAAUGGAACCACACCAAGGAGGUUGUCCACUUCCUGGCCAAGGUUGAGACACACAACCACCCUACCGCCGUGUCUCCGUACCCUGGUGCUGCCACCGGAUCCGGAGGAGAGAUUCGUGACGAGGGUUCGGUCGGACGUGGAUCGAAGCCCAAGGCUGGUCUCGCUGGAUACUGUGUCUCCGAUUUGCUGAUCCCUGGCUUGAAACAGCCUUGGGAACUUGAAGUCGGCAAGCCUAACCACAUUGCUAGCAGUUUGGACAUUAUGCUCGAGGCUCCUAUCGGCAGUGCUGCCUACAACAACGAAUUCGGACGUCCUUGUAUUUUGGGUUAUUUCCGUACGCUCCUUACCGAAGUCGAUGUCGGAAACGGUCAAACUGAGGUUCGCGGCUACCACAAGCCUAUCAUGAUCGCGGGUGGCGUCGGAACUGUGAGACCCCAACACGCUAUCAAGAAGCCGGAGAUCGUCAAACCCGGUUGCUUCCUCGUCGUUCUUGGUGGACCCGCCAUGCUCAUUGGCCUUGGUGGUGGUGCCGCUUCCAGUAUCACCUCUGGCGAGGGUUCCGCAGAGCUCGACUUCGCCAGUGUCCAGAGAGGAAAUGCGGAAGUUCAGCGGAGAGCGCAGGAGGUCAUCAACGCCUGCACUGCCAUGGGAGCCAACAACCCCAUCAAGUUCAUCCACGAUGUUGGCGCUGGUGGACUGUCUAACGCGUUGCCGGAGCUGAUCCAUGACUCCGGCCUCGGUGCUACUUUCGAGCUCCGUGAGAUCGACAGCGCUGACAAGAGCAUGAGCCCCAUGCAGAUUUGGUGCUGUGAAGCUCAGGAGAGAUACGUACUGGCUGUUGGCGAGGACGGCAUGAACAAGUUCACUGCCAUUGCCAACCGUGAGCGUUGCGGUUUCUCUGUUGUUGGCCGCGGCGCUGGAGCGUCUGACGAGGAGAAGAGACUCAUUCUCCUCGACAGAGAAUCUACUGAGUACCCCAAGCCCAUCGACCUGCCCCUGUCGGUUCUCUUUGGAAAGCCGCCCCGGAUGACCAGAACUGUCGAUUCUCGCAAGCUGAAGCUGCCCGCGGUGGAUUCGAGUCUUACUACCUACUUGCCUGCUGUUGCGCCCAACAAUGUUGAACUCAUCAGCGAGGCUGCUAAGCGGGUCCUCUCUCUUCCUGCAGUUGGCUCGAAAUCCUUCCUUAUUACUAUCGGUGACAGAACUGUUGGUGGUCUUACUGCUCGCGACCAGAUGGUCGGCAGAUGGCAGACUCCUGUGUCCGAUGUUGCCGUCACCGCCACCGCCUUGCAGUCGGGCAUGAAGACUGGUGAGGCCAUGGCUAUGGGCGAGAAGCCUACCCUCGCCUUGAUCUCCGCAGCUGCCUCCGCACGGAUGGCUGUUGCCGAGUCCCUUAUGAACAUUGCUGCUGCUGAUCUUGUCGACCGUCUGAGCCGUGUCAAGCUCUCUGCUAACUGGAUGUCCGCCAGCAGCCACCCCGGCGAAGGUGCUGCUAUCUACGAGGCUGCCGAGGCCAUUGGUAUGGAUCUCUGCCCUAAGCUCGGUAUCAGCAUCCCUGUUGGCAAGGAUUCCAUGUCUAUGAAGAUGAAGUGGACCGAUGAGAACACGAAGGAGAACAAGGAGGUCACCGCUCCGAUGUCUUUGGUCAUCUCUGCUUUUGCCCCCGUGGGCAACUUCCGUAAGACCUGGACCCCUGCUUUGCGCCGUCUUGAGGACGUCGGUGAGACGGUUCUCAUGUUUGUCGAUCUGUCAUUCGGUCGCAAGGCCCUUGGUGGAUCUGCCCUUGCGCAGGUCUUCAACCAGGUUGGUGACGAGUGCCCUGAUGUCCGCAAUGUCGAGAUCUUCAGAGACUUCUUCGACGCUACCCAGCAGCUGCAAGACGCCGGUAUUGUUCUGGCUUACCACGAUCGGUCCGAUGGUGGUCUGUUCACAACCCUUGCUGAGAUGAUGUUUGCCGGCCGUUGUGGUGUUGAAGUCAUGCUCGACAACAUUUGCCCCACCGCAAACACGAAGGAUGUUGUCGACACUCUUUUCAACGAAGAACUCGGCGCCGUGUUCCAAGUUCGUAAGGAGCACGAAAUCCAGUUCCGGUCCUGCUUCGCUACCUGCGGCCCGCCCGCUGGUCUGAUCCACAAGAUCGGUCGUGUGUCUGAGAAACACAAGCAGAACCUUGUGAUCUACCGCGGACACAGCCUGGUGUACCGCAACAGCCGUGCCAACAUGCAGCAGGCCUGGGCCACGACUUCCUACCACAUGCAGAAGAUGCGUGACAACGCAGCCUGCGCAGAUCAGGAGUUCGCCAACAUCCUUGAUGACUCUGACCCUGGUCUUUCGUGGAACCCCACUUUUGACCCGAAGGACAAGGCUCUGCCCAUGCUCACUAGCUUGACCCAGUACUCGCCCUUCAGCAACAAGCCGCGGGUGGCUAUCCUCCGUGAGCAAGGUGUCAACAGUCAGGCUGAGAUGGCCUUUGCCUUCAACAUGGCUGGUUUCUCCGCUGUCGACGUUCACAUGACCGACAUUAUCUCUGGUCGCGUUUCGCUUGCCAGCUUCGCUGGUCUUGCGGCCUGCGGUGGGUUCUCCUACGGUGACGUCCUUGGAGCCGGUCAGGGCUGGGCCAAGUCCGUUCUGCUGCAUGACAACACCCGCAACGAGUUCCAGUCCUUCUUCCAGCGCCCGGACACGUUUGCCCUUGGUGUCUGCAACGGUUGCCAGUUCUUGUCUCGUCUGAAGGAGCUGAUCCCUGGCGCUCAGAACUGGCCCAGCUUUGAACGCAACGCCAGCGAACAGUACGAAGGUCGUGUCUGUAUGGUGCGCGUGUCCGACCCCGAUCCGUCCAGACCUAGCGUGUUCUUCCACGGUAUGCACGGCACGUCCCUGCCUAUCGCUGUUGCCCACGGAGAAGGUCGCGCGUCUUUCGCGGCUUCUCCCAACGUGUCGCCUCAGUCGUUCGUCCAGGAGGGUCUGGCCCCUGUCCAGUACGUAGACAAUGCCACUCUCAAGCCUACUAUGAAGUACCCCUUCAACCCCAACGGCAGCCCGGAGGGAAUUGCGGGUGUGCGCAGCGCCGACGGCCGUGUCCUGGCCAUCAUGCCCCACCCGGAGAGAACCAUUAUGAACGGGAUUGCUAGCUGGUUGCCUGCUAGUGCGGAGCAGUGGGGCGACAUUGGCCCCUGGGGCCGUGUGUUCUACAGUGCCAGAAGAUGGGUGGGUUAA